UAGAUGGCAGCAGUGCGCGAGGGUUUGAGCUGCGCUGCUGUUUGGCUUCUCAGUAGAGGAAGAGCUGCAGGUUGUGUUGAGCGAUGUGGUAUCCGCCUUUUUCUCACAUACCAGAACAUACUCCCUAAACUCCCACUUUAACCCUCCUCAACAAUCAUCUUUUAUAAUGAAUAGAUUAUAAGCCCGUCGUCCCAGCGGUUCAUGGUUUCCUCUCUCUGUCAGUCUUAGUUUGGUCUGGAGAUUUCCUUUGAAUGGGUUGAAGACACUUUGUACUUUGAUUUGGGCACAUAAAGAACAUUAUUAAAGGUGUUGCACAGACCCCUCUUGUAUUAAAAUAUUGUGCCUGUACAAGAAACGAAGACAGCGGCAUCCAAAAUGCCACUUGGAUUGGGACGCAGAAAGAAGGCAUCUCCGCUGGUGGAGAACGAGGAGGCCGAGCCCAUCCGGGCUGGACUGAACGUCCCAGGGUUGGAUGGCCUGGAUGGUGGCAGGGUUGGCCUGGGUGAAGGAGCUGCCCAUGAGGGCCUACCACCUCCACCCACCAGCCUGCGACCUCGCCUGAUCUUCCACACCCAGCUGGCUCACGGCAGCCCCACGGGUCGCAUCGAGGGCUUCAGCAACGUGCGUGAGCUCUACGCCAAGAUAGGAGAGGCCUUUGGGAUUCCUCCAACAGAGGUGAUGUUUUGCACACUGAAUACUCACAAAGUGGAUAUGGACAAACUUUUGGGUGGCCAGAUCGGACUGGAGGACUUUAUAUUCGCUCAUGUGAAGGGCCAGAAAAAAGAGGUGGAGGUCUUUAAAGGAGAGGAUGCACUGGGGCUCACGAUCACUGAUAAUGGAGCUGGCUAUGCUUUCAUAAAGAGAAUAAGAGAAGGCAGUAUUAUUCAUCAGAUCCAGGUCAUCAACGUAGGCGACAUGAUCGAGUCAAUCAACGGGCAGAUACUCAUUGGCUGCCGCCAUUAUGAGGUUGCCAAGAUGCUGAAGGAACUGCCCAAAGGGAAAACAUUUUUCCUGAAGCUGGUGGAACCUUUGAAGGCAUUUGACAUGAUCAGUCAGCGGUCAGGAAGCAGGUCGGGCUCUUCACAGUUAGGAACGGGCAGAGGAACUCUGCGCCUGAGGUCUAAAGGACCAGCCACCGUAGAGGAACUGCCGUCAGCAUUUGAAGAAAAAGCUAUCGAGAAAGUCGAUGAUCUGUUGGAGAGCUACAUGGGCAUUAGAGACAGUGAACUUGCUGCCACGAUGGUGGAGCUCGGCAAAGACAAAAAGAACCCGGAUGAGUUUGCUGAAGCUUUGGACGAGACUCUGGGUGAUUUCGCAUUUCCGGAUGAGUUUGUGUUUGAUGUGUGGGGUGCCAUAGGUGAUGCAAAGGUCGGUCGGGUGUAAUUCUAGAAAUGGCUAAAAGUGGUAAUUCUAGAAAACACUGCUUUAGGAACACUAUUGAGUUUUAUUUUUGUUUAUUUUGGGAGCAUAUGCUUGGAUGCUUUUAAGAACGCUGGAAACACUUGUAUGUAGGCCUCUAACUCCACUUUUUUUUAAGAUGCAAAUGUUAUGAAGACACUACAUUGAAUGCAUUUUAAAAUUGUAUUCAGAAUUGAAUAGGUUGAGCCUAAUCACUUGAAAUGUCUUAUUUAGUAGGAUAUUAAGCAAAAGAUGCUGAGACUCAUUGAAUUUGCAAGGUGUUUACUCCAGGGCCCGUGUUUGGCACCCCUGUGAGGUUACUCUGUUACAAACUGUGACUUUCACUUGCACUGUGUUGCCCUACGCUGUAUAAAUUGCACGGUAAGGCACAGAACACGCAGUGCAGAGAUUGAGGCAAUGCUGGUUUGCACUGUAGGUGUGGGUUUGUCUCCGCGGUGUGGAUCUGACCCUGAUAAACACUAUAAUGAUUCCCUAAAGCAUGUGCUGUCUUGUUAUGUACUCCUGUUCUCUAUUAUACAAAGGAUUUCAAGUGGCUUUGAAGCUGUUGCAAUGAACCGUUUCUAAAUGACCUCUAGUGCUUUACAUUUCCAGUUCCGUGGCUUAGCUCUUAUUUUAAAAGAGUAAAAGAAAUGGGAAAGAAAUAAACCAUCCAUUUUCAUUUUAGUAGUGUCUACCACAUAAUGCCAAACAUAAGGAAAUCUUUGUCUUUUUUUAUCAGUAAAAUCAGUAUUAAGAAAUAUCAUGAAGUAUUACAGUGUUUAACCUGUUACAGUAUUUAUUCUUUAAAGGAGUAGUGGAGGAGGUAUGAAGAGCUUAAAAGUUGGGCUGUGUGAUAGGAUAGUUUCAAACAAACAAACCAUUAUUGGAGUGAAAUGGAUAGAUUUGAAAAUCCAUGUUGUGUGUAUACAUAUACACGCGUGCAAAACAUGGCUUUUGAAAAAGAAAGGAAAAAAAAAAAAAAAAAAUAUAUAUAUAUAUAUAUAUAUAUAUAUAUAUAUAUAUUGCCCAGCUUACAAGUGUAUAGCACUGAUGGUAUAGGCGUUAGAUGGUAUUGAUUGUAUUGAUUUGAGUGUAUAUAGUGUUGAUGUGUUUACGGAAACUACACUACAGCCAGUCCAGUAAGCAUUUCCAAGAUACUGACAAUAUUACUGCAAAUAUGACCAAACACAUGCAUCUUACACUGAGCACAUGUUGAGUUAGUGGAACUCAGAGCUGAUUAUUACUCUCUUAACCAGGCAGUUCAACACUGUAGUAUUUCACACCUGUAAAGUCAGAGCAUGUUUGAAAUGUAAAGUACUGAUCAUGUGAUGGUUAAAUCUUUAAACUUUAUAUUUCUUUUUUUAUUGUUUAGCCGGGCGUCUUGUCUUAUCGAAGAUGUAGGUUAAUGUUUAAAGGACCCAGAUUAAAAAGUUUAAAAGAAAAAAAAAAAACAAUAUUUUGGUGUUACUUUUUACAUACUGUAAAACUAUAAGUGUAGCUUAAACACAGCUCUCUUGUCGUUGAUUUACUUUGGACACUUUCUUUCGAUGCUUUUUGAACACAUUUAGAAUGAAUAGUUUACACUGAUGUAAUGGUUUUGAUGGACUCAUGUUACACUGUCUCAGACUACCUUCAAAUGGCAAUAAUCAUGAUAUAAGUCUGUUAUAUCUGCUGUUGUUUUUUUCAUUGACAGAAAUGCUAUUGCACCAAAUUGUUAUUUGUUAGAUCUCUCAACAAUAUUAAAACAAACAAAAUGA